AUGGUAAUGGUAGAAAUGGAGAUGAUGAAAAAUGGAGAGGAGCUUGACUCCUUUUUAAGCACAAAUUUUGUUUACUCUGAUGGAACUGUCUGCAUUUCAAUUCUUCACUCUCCUGGUGAUGAUCCAGUUGGUUACGAAGAUUCCGGCGAGCGCUGGUUGCCUAUUCAUACGGUAUCUGUUACGUCUUCUUUUUUUCGAUUCGCUGCUGCAUCUUCUAUAGUUAGCAAUGUUGAAAGUAUAGUUUUGAGUAUAAUAUCAAUGCUUUCAAGCCCUAAUAUUGAGUCUCCUGCAAACGUAGACGCUGCGAUAGAAUGGAGAGAUAAGAGAGAUGAAUUCAGAAAGAAAGUGACUCGCUGUGUAAGAAAGUCUCAAGAAAUGCAAUGA